CAUUAUUGAUCGCCUCAGCGGCUCCAGAGCGUUCGUCAGUUUGUCGGCCAUAUUGUUUACGGAAGUGACGUGACGGCAACUUGUCAUGACGUGUACACAUCCUUAAGCUUCACCAACGUGACCAAUGUAAACAACACUAUAAUGGCUGUUUAGAGCACACAGUGCAGGUAGAGCUUCUACUUUUGAAGUGUAACUAGAGUCUUUAAUAACGAGGAAGCGGAGAAUAUAUUGUUUGAUAUGCCAUGCGUAUUCAGAUGUUAUUGUUAUGUCCGCACAUCCCGUACAAACGUUUUCACAUAAAUGUGAAUAAGCCGCUAUAAUUCUUCCUAUAUAAAAAAAUGUUUAAAAUAUUACUUCUAAAUCAUCCUUAACUAAUAAACUUAAUAACAAAAAGCAGCUUUAACUGAAGAAGUUACUUUGAGACAAAGUAAACUCAAAAUCUACAAGCGCAGCAGCAUGUAUAAGAGGUUUACAAGAUUAUAGCUAUGACAUGCAUAGCAAGCUGUCUGCGUUAUCGCGUUCCGAACAAUAAAUAUAGGGCUUAUCACGUUUCUAUACAUCGCGAAAAAGAAUCACGGAAAAGCCCGUAUCUUUAAAGCUCCAUUGUGAGACAUAGAAACAAAUUUAAGACCGUGGAAGUGCCUCCUAAUCUAGGUGUUGGAUAGACAGUUUUCAUGCAGCCACUUGCUCAGACCCUCUAAACCACUCGUAACUGUAGUCCUUGAAAUCUGUUAGAGUAUGGUUGCAGCUUAAAACACUUCAUAAUUGUUUGACGUAUCUAAGUUUCAGAUAUAUCAGUUGUAGUGCUUUAUACUGCAAACAUCAUAGGCAGUAUAAGAAAAACUUCACUCAGCUGUGAUGUUCUUAAAGUGUAUUUCGUUUUUUUUCCAUGCAGCAGUCACAUCAAAUAUAGCAUGAACAACUUCUUUCUUAUGCUGAAUAUAUUUUACCUACCUUUCUUUCUAGUAAUUGGAUCUUCUGUCUUUGGAAAGGAGCAGAACCCAUGCGCACUCCAUAUACCUUUAACCUCUUUUUUAACAUUCAAUGCUUUUUCCUUGGAACAUAACCAUUUUUAGACAAGCAGUUUACAAGUAAUACUAAUUCAAUUAAACUCAAGUACAUCAUAAUAUAUUUGCAUAAUUUUAACACCAUAUUUUUCUGGAUAUUUACAGUUUUAGUGAAACAUGAUUGAAGCUGUUGAGUAAACCUGGAAGUUUUUGGUGUCUGUUUAGCAUCAAACCUAGAGAUUUUACUGCAUAAUACUGACUAUUAUUCUAGUGACCGGAGGUCAUGUUAAUGUCAAUCAAAAGCCAGAGUUAGUGUUAAAAAAAAACCCUACAGAUCUUUAUACAAUAACCAUGCGGAAAGGGAUGAAAAAGGAUGUUUCAUCCAGUAAACAUAAAGCAGAUCAAGGACAAGUAAGCCUGAUAAAUCAUGAUCAGACACUUGUCAUACAAAAGACACUGGAUAAAGUCACAAAAGAAAGAGAUGAUUUAAGCAAAAGACUUGAAGAAGCACACAAAGAAGUGGAAAUUCUGAAAUCCAAACUAUGUGUGGUGACUGAAAAAGUAAUAAACUCUGUCAAGCCCUGCAAUUUUGCUGUGGACAAGGGCCAAGACUUAGCUAACAUACCAGAGCAAGACAUAGUUCAUCUGAUUGAGACCUUCUCCUUAAGGGAGAAAAAUAGGCCUCUUGAAGAAAGGAUAGAGGAGCUGGAAACACGAAUCACAUUGGUGGACACUGAGCUGGGGAAAAUGCUGCACCUCAAGUCUAGCAUAGAGGAGGCCUUGUACAAUCUGAGCUCCUGCCGGGACCUGGAAGUCUUGCAACAAGGAGUGCGUCGUCUCUGGUUUCAAAGCUGCUCCACAAAGUUGUUUGUUGAAAGAAACAAAACACCAAGCAAAACAAGCUGUAUAGGAGACUCGGAAAUGAAGCAUAGCCACAGCAAUGGAGUGACAAUGUCAGCCCACAUCAAUCUGGAAACUGUGGAAGUGCCUGAACCUGCAAGGAAAUUACCAGCAGAUACCCACAUCAAAGACAUGCAGGUGGAUCUGCGAGAGGUUAUUGUCCGUGAACUCAGUCUGUUUAAAAGGAAUGGAGCAGACUGGCGCACGUUUGCUGUGCGAGUGGGCAUACCUGAAACCCUCAUUGUGCAAUGGCAGCAAAUGAAACAACUACAGCCCAUGCGCAGUGUACUGGGAGUCUGGGCAGCUUCCCCUGGAGCUACUGUGCGGAUGUUGCAUCGACAUCUGGUUUCACCACAGAUGAGAUGUGUUGUGCUAACCAAACGCAUUAGUGACUAUUAUGAAGUAGACUGAUUCAAAUUAUGGUUAUGGUAUGUGGCUUGUAAUUUUUUUGUUUUGGUCUUUUACAUCGGAAGGAUAUGUACUUUCAGUGUCCUGAAAUUUUAUGACAUAAUCUUAUCAUGAUGCAACCUAUCAAAACUGAGAUGACCAUUUGCAGUCACCAUAUUUGAAUUUAUGCAAUACAUAUUUUGGGGCUAUUUUUAUUUUCCCAAGAUGCAAUAGCUUUCAACAUGAUAUAACAUACAAGAUAUUGCGUGAUAUGAAACGGGUACUGUUGUGGUAUUAUAAUGACAAGGGAUAUGCAUGUCAUUUUAUGUAGUCUAUGUGCAUUCAGAUUCUUCCAGCAGUUCUGUCAGGUAGAAUGUUAAUUGCAUUGUACUACAUUGUGGUCAUUUGUUUUUGAAAGCAGUCAUUAUAUUUAAUUAUGUGAAUGGUCCUUGUUCUGAAAAAUAGCUUGAAUAACAAGCAUUUGGAUAGCAAGUACCUAAUUGUGAUUACUCCAAUGAGAAUAAACCCUGUCUAGCUCUGGCACAUCUAGCCAAUCACAUAGAUUUUUCUUUUACAUAACACUUACACAGAUCCUUAAAUAGGAGAUGGUGAGUUUUUUAAAUACUUAUAAAGUACUAAACAAUGAGAAAUUGAACUGCUGCAGUUUGGAUAGAGAAGUUUGACUGCUUAUCCAUAUUUAUAAAAUGAUGUUUAUGGUAUUGACCUCACGACUAAAGUUUAUCAGCAUUUUUGUUGUGCUAACCUUUCAUUAUGUGCAUGAAUACAUCACAUUUUGGUAUGUACCAUUAUUUUCAGGGUGCAUGCAGCACAUUUGUAGUAAUAUAACCAAACUAUAUUAGGUAACAUUCACAAAAUAUAUUACUAAGGGUGUUUGGCAGGACUGUGACCAAAGGAUGAAUGCUUUAAACUGGUUGUUUACAAAACAUUAACUAUAGAUAUUAUGUGAACCUUAAUUUAUUGAAAUUUUAUCAUCAUUCCACACAUUCCAGAAGUUAUAAAAUUUUUGCUAGUAAUAAUAAAGAGGAAUUAGCUGGAAAAAAGUUCCAUUAAGUGCAUACUGUAUCCAGGUCAAGUGUUCACUAGUCAUUAGAGGAGAUCAUGCAUUUUCUCCUUUCCUGACAUUUACACCUCAACAUGUUAAUGUACCCCAAUCAAAAUCAAGAUGGGGGAGGUGUCCAGUCAGAGGGUUAAUUCUUCGCAGAUUAGAGCUUAUUCUGGUUAAUUUUUCAGCUUUGCACUUUUGACCGAGUUGCAAAAGUGUGAACCAGAAGGUAGAAGUUAUACACAACCUAGCUGUAAGAGUCACCAAAAAAAUAUACAGAAAUAUUUUUCAUAUAGUGCUCUUUCUUGCAAUAACUUUUUGAUCAUUCCUGCAUAAAGGGAACAUUUGAACUAAUUUAUUAAGAUGGAUUUUAUGAGUAAAAGUCUGUAAAUCUUU